AUGGCAGCCUCCGGGAGCAGUUCCCUAUGGCCCCUGCCGUCCAAUCUCCCGAGAGGCUUGAGCACGCCAUCACCUGAGGCGCAGUCGAUCUCGCUGCACUCCGUCAAUGAGCGUCAGGGUUUCUCGGCUACUUUCCCCACGGGGCAGAGGUCGAAAGAUGCUUUCCACAAAACCUCCUCCUUCCUGCUUCGGCAGCUCAUUCACCGCUAUCGGGGUCUGGACGCAGAAGUGUGGGACGAGGACAGAGACGAGUUCGUGGUCGAGGCCCAGGACAGGAAACAGGCCGACGUGGAGUCCGAGGAGUCCUCAGAGUCCGAAAUGCUGAAUUUGGAGGAGGAAUUUGAUGGGGUCCUGAGAGAGGAGGUGGUGGCUGAGGCACUGUACAAAUUGGGGCGCUCCGGCUGUGGGACUGAGCAGGUCUACCUCAAUCUAAGCUUGUCAGGUUGUGAUUUAAUUGACGUUAGCAUUCUCCAUGGAUAUGUUCACCUACAGAAGUUGGACCUUUCCGUAAAUAAAAUCGAAGAUUUGUCUUGUGUGAGUUACAUGCCGUAUCUGGUAGAGCUGAACGCUUCUCAGAAUAAACUGACUACGUUCUUCCACUUCAAGCCACCCCAAAAUCUCAAGAGGGUGGAUUUUUCCUACAACCAAAUUCCCGAGAUGUGUGAUCUGUCUGCUUACCAGGCUCUCACGAAGCUGAUUCUGGACAGCAAUGAAAUAGAAGAAAUCAAAGGACUGGAACUCUGCAGUAACCUAACUCACCUUAGUUUGGCCAAAAACAAGAUCAAGACAAUUGAUGGCUUAAGCACGUUACCCAUCAAAAUUCUUCAUCUGAGCAGUAACCGGAUCGAGAAGAUCACAGGUCUGGAGGAGCUCGGAGCGCUGCAGACUCUGGACCUGUCCCACAAUCAGAUCAGCAGCCUGCAAGGCUUGGAAAAUCACGACCUCCUGGAAGUGCUCAACCUGGAGGAUAACAAGAUUGCUGAGCUGCGUGAAAUAGAAUACAUUGAAGAUCUGCCUCUCCUUCGAGUCCUCAAUCUCCUAGGAAACCCAAUUCAGGAGAAGUCUGAUUACUGGUUCUUCGUAAUUUUUAAGCUACUACGAUUAACAGAAUUAGAUCACAAGAAGAUUAAAGUGGAGGAAAAGGUUUCCGCGGUGAAUAAGUACGGCCCACCCCCGGAGGUGAUUGCGGCUCGAGACCACCUGACCCACGUCGUAAACAGCAUGAUGCAGCCACAGAGAAUCUUCGACAGCACCCUGCCUAGUCUGGAUGCUCCUUACCCCAUGUUGAUCCUGGCUGGUCCUCAAGCUUGUGGGAAACGAGAGCUCGCCCACCGCCUCUGCAGACAGUUUAGUACUUACUUCCGAUACGGGGAGGACUGUGCCCUGUUGACAGCCCUGCCCAGUCGCUGGCUGGAACAAUCGCUGACAGCCUAUCAGCGUCCUUAUCUCCAGCCAGUGGUUCCUGUAGUGGCGUACUUCAGAAGGAAGGAAAGCGGGGGCGAUAAAAGGUUUUUCUUUUCUUUCCCUCAGGCUUCAGGCAGUGGGCUCCUGGUCAUCACGAGCUUGGCCUUGCUGCAAGUGGAGGCUGGUGUAAGAAGUUUGAAAUAUUCCUAUUUUGAGCCUCGAUACAUCCUGGUGGUGCCCAUGAACAAGACAAAAUACGAGGGGUAUUUGCGGAGAAAGGGACUGUUCAGUCGUGCAGAGAUCGAAUGUGCCGUCUCCAGAGUGGACCUUUAUAUAAAAAUCAACCAGAAAUAUCCAGGAUAUUUUGAUGCAGUGAUCAACACAGAUGAUCUGGAAGUCGCCUACCAGAGGCUGAGUCAGCUUAUUAGAGGAUACCUGGGACUGACCGAGGAACCUGCCAAAGGCUUGGCACCAACUACAGAAGUCCAAACCUCUCUCCUUAAAACCAAAGAGCCUCCCAGGAAGCCUUCAAUCUUGAGUACGAGUGAUUUCCUGGAUUCUACAGACAGAAAUCACCUCGUUAAAUCAUGUGCCAGCCUUCCAUCCAAAGUAACGCCAGCGGAGAGAGUCUCUCUGCAGAGGCAGCAUGAGAGAGCCUGGCAGGCCCUAAUGGGAAAGACACCCCCUGAUCACACACUCCUUUUUCAAAGAGGCCCAGUUCCAGUACCAGAACCUAUCAUCAGUGAUCUACGUUAUUUUACACAGUUAGGAGAACCACAGAAAGGUUUUGAGUUUUAUGAUGAUUACGUUGUAACUCCCUUUGGAUCAUAUUCCGAGAAGAGCAGCAAAGAUACCUGUGAUGCUGACAAGUAUUCUGGAUUCAGCGAGUCUCAGUCGCGGUCAAAGGAACGGCUGUACUCAGAGGGCAGCAUUUCUUCACGCCCAGGAUUAGGAAUGAUUGGCAGCGAGGGCGCCCAGGCCCUGAAAGGACUAUCCAAAGCUUCGAUCUCACAUGAGAGAGGCACUCUCCAGGGCCGGAAGUCCGUGGUCCCUGUCAUCUCAGUCAUCUGUCGCCCAGGUUUCAACGUCAAACCCACCCUUCCUCCAAUCCCUCAGGGCCGUAAGUAG